AUGAGCCCAGAGCGCUACGUCGACGACGAGGCUGCACCUCCACGAGCCUACCGAGAUGACGAGCUCAUUGACGUUGAUCCCGAAGAAGCCGUAGUCAUCGGUCAUGCCGACGCGCCUGAAGAGGAAGAGCACCCGCAACAGGAGCAUCAUCACACCGGUAGACACAUACCACCGCGCUUACACCAUGCUUGGAUCCGCGUGAAGACCUGGGUCAAGGGACCACAGCCUUCGCGACCUUGGAAGAUACACCCAUUCCUCCCCAAGAUCCAAACCGCGCCCAUACGCUUGAUAGACACUUUCUUCCCAAAGAGGAAGCAAAGACUGCUGCUGCUGCUUGCCUGCUACACCGCUUGGAUUCUUAGUUUUGCUUUCAUCCUGCACAAGAGUGCCUUUUCAGCUGACGUACCGGGCUACGGGGCUCCAGUGAGAAUAGGCUGCACCCAACGCUUCUGGAAUGACGGCAACGGAUGCGGCCUCAACGGGGAUUCAUGUCGCCCAUUCGAGAACAGUUCAAUGCCUUUCCGCUGUCCCGCAAACUGCAGGCGUGUAAUACUGCAAAACCCUCACGCCGUGGGUGAGUACGUCGCGAACUACCAGCCCCUGGUAAUUGGCGGCCCCACAGGCGAAGACGAGUCUUUGGAAAACACAUACUACCGCGCAGAUUCCUUCAUUUGCAGCGCUGCUAUCCACGCCGGCUUCAUCAGCGACGCUUCAGGCGGAUGUGGUGUCGUGUCCAUGAUCGGCGAGAAAGCGUCUUAUCCCAGCGUGAACCGCAAGCACCUCAGAUCGAUUGGCUUCGAUUCCUACUUCCCCAAAUCUUUCUCCUUCCUCCCCGGCACCUCGUCUCAGUGUCGGGACCUACGCUGGCCUCUCCUCGGUGUCUCUCUGACAUUCACAAUCCUACUCUCCCUUUUCACGACAUCGCCAGCUGUCUUCUUCUGUUCCAUCUUCCCAGGCAUAUUCUUCCACGUAGCGCUCGCCUCCGAUCCGCCCUCUUUGACCGACUACUAUGCCUUGGUAUCUAUAUGCCUCGGCCGUUUGCUCCCAGCAAGCUUCUGCAUGUAUGCUGUGUACCGCUUCGCAGUCUCCAGGACCCUCCGCGAUUUGGAUGCCCAGUUCGAGAAAACGAUACUAUGGCUGGGAGGUUGUUGGAUCGGUGCACUCAACAACUACACAUUUGAUAAGAUCCCCAUCGAGCGCCUGACCCCCCACGACUUACAGAACCAGCCAGGCGCCGUUCCCGCGCUCAUCAUCGUCGUGCUAUGUCUCUUCAGCAUAGCACUGCUACAAGCAUGGUGCUUGCGCAUCGAGGGUCGACUGCCUCAGUAUCUUGGCAUCUAUGGUGUUUUUGUUGGCUCUCUACUUCUGCUGGUAGCGAUACCAAAGAUGAAUGUUCGGAUCCACCACUACAUUCUCGGUCUGCUCCUUGUCCCCGGCACCUCUAUGCAAACGCGUCCAAGCUUGUUGUUCCAAGGUAUUCUCGUCGGACUGUUCAUCAACGGCAUAGCGCGAUGGGGCUUUGACAGUAUUCUCCAAACACCAGAUGAGUUGCGUCGCGACGGACCCAUAUCUUCUCUCCUGCCCAUUAUAACCGCCCCGAUUAUCCAUCAAAACUUACACACGCACCUGAAAGCCAACAUCACCUUCGAAUGGACUCUACCCUUCCCAAAGCACUACGACGGCCUUAGCAUCCUAGUCAACGAUGUAGAGCGGUACAGAGGGUAUGCAGACAACCGCCUGGAAAGUUGGACAUGGGUCAAGCACAUGAAGGACGUGCCCGAAUACUUCCGCUUCGCCUAUCUAAAUGGCGGAGGACGCGGUGACUACACGAAAGCUGGUGUUUGGGGCGCGGAAGGGGGAUGGAAGGAUAUGGCCUCCGGACCAUCGUAG